AAGAAAAAUGGUUGAGAAGUUGAAAAUGGGCAAGAAACAACAGUUGCUGCUGCUGCUCAUUUUGGUGGUGGAAUUGCAGUUGCAGGGAUACAAUAUUAAUGGGUGCUCAGAAAAAGAAAGAAUAGGGUUGUUGGGCCUCAAGGAUUUCUUCACCAAACACAGGCUGAGCAUGGAUCCUCUCACAUCUUGGAGUGGGAGCAGCAACUGUUGCCAAUGGAGUGGAGUUCAGUGCCAUCCCGUCUCUGCUCUUACAAUCGAUCUCUCCCUCACCACUUUGUUGAACAACGACGAUUCUAUCCAUCCACUAAUUUACUUUUUCGAUGCUUCUCUCUUAAGGCCUUUCCAUAAAUUGGAAUCGCUUGACUUGUCUUACAAUGGGUUUUCUGGCUUCACCAAUCACCAAUAUUUCAACAACUUGAGAGAAUUGAUGCUGAGCAAUAAUAAAAUCAAUGACUCAAAGCUAUUACAAGGAUUAUGCAAAUCAAACAAAUUGGUGAGAUUGGAUCUAAGUUCCAAUCAGAUUUCAGGUCAAUUUCCACCAUGUCUCCUAAACUUGAGUAGCCUUGAAUUUCUAGACAUUUCUUCCAAUCAAUUCACUGGAAUCCUCCCACCCACCAUUUCCAAUCUCAAAUCAAUCAAGAUCUUGCAGCUUGAUGACAAUAACUUUGAAGGCCCAUUCUCCUUCAGCUCCUUAGCCAACUUAUCAAAACUCAAAGUAUUUCAACUCUCAACCAAAACCAUGACCAACAACUUACAAGUGGAAACUGAAAAUCCCUCCUUCUCACCCACUUUUCAAUUGAAUGUCCUCAAGUUGAGCAAUUGCAACCUCAAUACCAAAAAUGGCUCUUCAAACAUUCCCAACUUCUUGUCCACACAACACCACCUUAAAUUUGUCGACCUUUCCCACAACAACUUGGUUGGAACAGUCCCUGUCUGGUUGUUGCAAAACAACACAAAUUUGGACCACCUAAUUUUGACCAACAACUCCCUCAUUGGAAAUCUCCAACUUCCUAGUUUCAAACAUCCUUUGACAAACUUGAAACUUUCUUGCAACAGCCUAAGUGGCCAGCUUCCCAGUGACAUGGGUUUCCUUCUCCCAAAUCUUGUUCACUUCAACAUUUCAAGGAAUAAUUUUGAAGGCAAUCUUCCUUCCUCAAUUACAACAAUGAGAAGCUUGAACAUAUUUGAUUUGUCAAAUAAUAGAUUUUCUGGGAAGUUACAAAUGUCUAUGUUUAGUAACAUGUCUCAACUAAGUCGUUUGCAAUUGAGAAACAAUAAUUUCAGUGGAAGUAUUGAAGAUGGAGUACAAGACAUCCCAGAUUUGAUUGUGUUGGAUAUAUCAAAGAAUCUUAUAUCAGGUAAAAUUCCUCAUUGGAUUGGCAGCUUGACAAAUCUUCUAUAUCUCCAAGUGGCAAAAAAUCAUUUACAAGGAAAAUUAUCCUCUAAACUUUGCUCCCUUCACUAUCUCAAGUUCUUAGAUGUCUCUCAAAAUCAAUUGUCUGGCCCCAUACCCUCUUGCUUCAACCUUCCUUCGCUGAAGUACUUGUACAUGCAAGACAACAAUUUCUCUGGGCCAAUUCCAAAAGCUUUCUCAAGAAGUUCAGAGCUAACCGUGCUCGACUUGAGUCGUAAUAGCUUCUCGGGACGCAUUCCGAAUUGGAUAUCGAGAUGUUCGAGUUUACGAUUCCUUUUGUUAAAAGGAAACCAUUUUCGAGGUUUGAUUCCUCGACGAGUAUGCGAGUUAAGAGAAAUGAGUAUUAUGGAUGUUUCGAGUAACGAGCUUAAAGGAGCAGUACCCUCAUGCUUAAGUAAUAUGUCAUUUGGGGUUUCAAAAUGGGCAGAAAUUAGUCCUUAUGAAUCAAUGGGAAGUAGUUUUAUAAGCGUUUUCUCCGUUGAACUUGAUGUUGUAGUUAAAGGAAAGCCUGUGUGGUGGAGUAUCAGUCAUGAAAACAAGUACUCCGAAGGACAAAUCCAAGUAGAUUUCAUUACCAAAAAUAGAUCGGAACAGUACAAAGGAAGUGUUUUGUUGUACAUGGCUGGACUCGAUUUGUCAUCUAAUCAACUAACCGGUAACAUUCCACUGCAAAUUGGAGAGUUGCAAAAAGUUCAUGCCUUGAACUUUUCGCACAAUAAGUUUGAAGGGCGAAUACCGAACACCAUUUGCAAUUUAAAAGAAUUGGAGAGUUUGGAUCUUUCUUAUAACUUUCUGAACGGUGAUAUUCCUUCUAAACUGUCUGAGCUCGAUUUUCUUUCUUUCUUCAACGUGUCGUACAACAAUUUGUCUGGCAUGAUCCCAAUAUCGCCGCACUUCAAAACGUUUCUUGAAAGCAGUUAUUUGGGUAACCCCAACCUUUGUGGGCCACUUGUCGGAAGAGAUUGCUCGGGUCGUUUUAAGUUGACACCGAACAAUCGAUAUAAUGAUUUUGGAGAUGAAGAUGGAAGGGUUAUAUAUGUAGAAGGAUUCUACUGGAGUUUUAUUGUAUCAUAUUUUACAAUAUUAUUGGGGCUCUUCAUAGUUCUCUUUAUCAACCCUCGAUGGAGGAAUGUGUGGUUUUACUUUGUUGACGUUUGUUGCUCUUAUUUAUGCGAGUGUAUUUAAGAGGUGUGUUCAAUAGAAGAUAAAGUUUCAAGAUUAAA